AUGGUGUCAGACGUUGAAAAGGACCGUGUAUCUUCUUUGCAAAGUGUAACACAAGAUGGGUUGGAAUUCCGGGAUCGCGAAACAAGUGCCUUCACCUCCAGGUAUCAGCGAUGGGCAAGAAAUAUCAAAGGACUGGAGACUCGCGGAAUCGAACCUGUUCCAUUGGAUGAACGUCUGGAGCCAAAUGCAUCAAACUCGCUCCACAUGUUGCUGAUGUGGUUCAGUAUGGGGAUGUCUUUGAACAACAUCGUGGUGGGAUCAUUGGGAACGUUGACCCUGCACCUGAGCUAUUCCGACGCUGCUCUUUGCGCUGUUUUUGGGAGCCUCCUCGGAGGCCUGGCGGUUGGCUGGAUGAGCACUUGGGGUCCCCGAAGUGGGAAUCGAACACUUAUCGUGGCGAGGUAUUUCAUGGGCUACCAUCCCAGCAAAGUCUGCUGCACAUUGAACAUAUUGACCAACCUGGGAUACGGAAUGAUGAACUGUAUGAUCGGAGGACAGCUGCUUUCCAAGUUGUCCGGGGGCGCUGUCUCCGUCAUUGUGGGCAUUAUCAUCGUCGCCCUCGCGAGUUGGAUCAUGGCAACUUUCGGUGUACGCAUCUUUCAGAUAUACGAGAGGUUCGCUUGGGUUCCACAGUUGAUGGUUCUCUGCAUUAUUAUCGGAUCGGCAGGCCCUUACUUCAACUUUGACAACUCUUCUGUUGGAUCUUCAGAAAAGCUGCAUGGAAAUCGGCUGGCAUUCUUUUCGUUUUGCCUGUCCGUUGCUCUUUCCUGGGUUCCCUUAGCUUCGGAUUACUAUGUGAAUUUCCCACCAAGUACUCGCAAAUGGAAGAUAUGGUCCAUGACCACGAUAGGGUUAUGUCUAUCGAUGAUGACAACCCUUCUACUGGGGGCCGGACUCGGGUCUGGCGUCGCCUAUAGACCGAAGUGGGCAGCGAUAUAUGACGGUAGCCCGGGUAGCUUGCUGAUGGCGGGUUAUUUAAGACUUGGGGCCUUUGGUAAAUUCUGCGCAGUGAUCAAUGUGGUGACGGUGGUCUCCAACAACGCGCCUGGCUCUUAUUCCAUGGCAAUGAACUUCCAGAUGCUCGGAAACAUGUGGCGGAAGAUUCCUCGACCGAUCUUCACCAUACUUACGACCAUCACAUACGCAGCCUGCGCAAUCGGGGGCCGCAAUUCUUUGUAUGAGAUUUUCAAGAACUUUUUACCGCUUAUCGGCUACUGGGUCAUCAUCUGGUUCGCCAUCGUGGUUGAACAAGACCUGCUCUUCAAUCGAGGCAUCGGUUAUGACUGGUCUAUCUGGAAUGUUCGGCAGAAACUGCCGGUUGGAAUGGCUGCCAGCGCAGCUUUCCUCAUCGGCUGGGUCGGAGCCAUUGUGGGGAUGGACCAAGCCUAUUAUACCGGGCCAAUUGCUCAAACGAUCGAGGGAGGUUGCGAUCUAGGGAUCUGGCUUGGAUUUGGAUUCGCGGCCCUUGCUUUUCCACCGUUGAGAUUAUUGGAACUCAAGAUCAUUGGUCGCUGA